AUGUUAUUGUCCGUGAACCCCUUCAAGCUGCUUAACAUUUACACAGAGGAGCUGAGACAGAAAUACCAGGGCAAAGAGCAACAGAGAAAUCCACCGCAUGUUUAUGCCAUAGCUGACGCAGCCUUCAGCUUUUCUCAGACCUCCACACAGGAACAGUGCAUCAUGAUAAGUGGCCAGAGUGGUUCAGGGAAGACUGAAGCUACCAAACUUAUAGUGCACUACCUCAGCUCGAUGUAUAAGGGCAGAAAUUACAACCUCCGACAGGUAAGUGAAAGUAUGUUCCCCAUGGAGGUCUUUCCAAUCCUAGAGAGUUUUGGGAAUGCCAAAACCAUCCUCAACAGCAACUCCAGCCGCUUUGGCAAGUACCUCCACAUCCACAUUCUUCAAGGAAUUGUUGUAGGGACCUCACUCUCCAAAUAUCUCCUUGAGAAGUCCAGGGUUGUUUUUCAGGCAAAUGAGGAGAGGAAUUACCAUGUGUUCUAUGAACUGCUGGCAGGUAUGAAUGGCUGGGACAAACAAGAACUAUACCUGCAGGAAGCUGAGACGUAUUACUACCUAAACCAAGGUGGUGCCUGUGAGCUGAAGGAGAAGCAGGACAAACAGGACUUUCAGCUUUUGAUUCAAUGCUUUGAAAUAAUAGGACUACAUGCUGAGCAGGUCUCCACUGUCUGGGCCAUCCUCUCCUCUAUCCUACAGCUUGGGAACAUUUGCUUCAGCUCAUAUGAGAGUGAUUCAUUUGAGGUGGCUCAACUCUUCAGUGAGGCUGAGGCCAAGAGGGUGGGCUCACUGUUGCAGAUUUCCUCUGAGGCUCUUCAGACUGUGAUUACUCACAGAAUUACCGAGACCACGUAUGACAGGAUCUACUGCCCCCUGUCUGUGGAAAGUGCCAUAGAAUCAAGAGAUGCCAUUGCUAAAGCCUUGUAUUCUGUUCUUUUUGACUGGUUGGUGGAGCAGAUUAAUGAAUGGCUGAGUCCCGCAGAAAUGGACAGCACCGUGGGCAUAGUUGACAUUUAUGGAUUUGAGAACCUGGGAGUGAACAGCUUUGAGCAGCUGUGUAUCAACUUUGCCAAUGAGCAUCUGCAGCAUUUUGUCAACAAGGCAGUAAUCAUUCAGGAACAGGAGGAGUACAGUGCAGAACACAUCCAUUGGCAUCCUGUACCACUUAAGCACUUCCACUCUUGUCUGGAGCUAAUCUCCUCCAAGCCACAUGGCAUCCUCCGCAUACUGGACGACCAGACCUGCCUUCCACAGGCCACUGACCACACAUUCCUCCAGAAGUGCCACUACCAUCAUGGAAACAGCCCCUACUAUGCCAAGCCUCGGAACCCUUUGCCAGUCUUCACUAUUUACCACUAUGCUGGACCUGUCACUUAUCAGGUUCAUCAUUUCCUGAAUAAGAACCACGACCAGUUUAGGACAGAAGUGGUGGAGCUAUUUGCCAGGAGUCGCAGUAAGAUGGUGUCAGAGCUGUUCCAGAAGGUUCAGGACAGUUAUGUUCAGCAGAAAGAGUUGGGCUGGAAGAGAAGGGGCCAGCGCCAACAUUCCACUACUGCCGCUUCGCAUUUCCUCCAGUCCUUGACUGAACUUACCACCCGCUUGGAGAGAUGCAAAACUUCCUUCAUUCAUUGUCUGAAGCCAAACUAUGUCAAGCUUCCUGGUAUCUUUGAUGUGGACUAUGUGUCAGCACAGCUGAGGCAUGCGGGGUUGCUGGAGAUCAUUCACAUCCGGAAAGAAGGUUUUCCAAUAAGGAUUCAGUACUCCUACUUUGUCUCAAGGUAUGGGGUUCUGAAGGCCCAGCAGUUAAAUGAAAUAUCAGACAGAGAUCAGACGGUGACUCUGCUGGAAAUACUGGGUGCUGAGGAGGGACAGUACCAGCUGGGACUCACCAAGGUGUUCCUUAAGGAGCAACUGUACCAGCAGCUGGAAGAAAAAUGGAGCAGCACUCAAACAUGGGCUGCCAUCACCAUCCAGAGAAACAUAAGAGGUUUCCUCUGCAGGAAGAACUUCAGAUUCUUCAAACAGAAAGCCAUUGUCAUCCAGAGCCACAUUCGAGGACACCAGGCCAGGAAGUACUACAAACGUUUGAAGCAGUCCUUCACUCAGUUCGGGGCUUUGAUGCUAAUAACCAGGAAUACCAUUAAGAGACAUCACUGGAGAAAGGAAUUACAUGAGAGAAGCCAAGUGAAAGCCGUGACAAGGACCAAGUCUGUCUCUCAAGAGAUGGAUGUGAGGAUGUUAGAGAUCCCUGCUGAGCUGUCUGCCAGACUUCACAACACAGCAGGGCAGAAGCAGGGAUCAGGAGUCACAGAGGUCUCACCUCCACAGGUGAAAGCAGAACAUAAGCUCAACCUGCCUCUCGAUGUUGACAGAUACCCAUUCUCACGCUAUGCCAAGUCUGUAUUAAAGGAUACAUGGUGCCAGCCUCAGGGAUAUCCCCUUCAGAAACCCCUUACACCUCUAGAACCUGAAGAUGCCAGAACUGCUUUGGAGAUUUACAAACUGAUUUUGCAUUUCACAGGAGAUGUAGAUAUUAGCAGCUGGCAGGAGCAAAUUUUAGGCAACUACAUAGUGGAGAAAGGCCAAAGCCUGCCAGCCUUGAGGGAUGAGAUCCUGGUCCAGCUGGUUUACCAUACUUGGAGCCUGAAGGAGGAGCAGCAAAGCCUGAGGGGCUGGUUGCUGAUGGCCUGCUGCCUAAGUGCUUUCACACCAUCACCAUCACUGGACAAACAUCUACUCAAGUAUGUAUCUGACUAUGGUCCAGGGGAGUACCGUUCACUGUGCCAACAUAAACUGCUGACAUCUCUGAAGCUUCCAUCUCCAACCUGCCGGAUGUACCCACCCACCGAGCUGGAAUGGACCUCCAACCAGAGAAAAGGAACCAUGUUGGUGGACGUUCACACCUACAAUGAUGAGAAGUUUGUAGCUGAAGUGGAGUCUUGGACCACAGGAGAGCAGCUAGCAUCGUGGAUUCUUCAUUUCAGAGGUGUUUCGGAAGUAGUACAAGGCUGGUCAGUGUCUCUUUUUUCAAUCGAUGACGGCUGGUCUGAUUUAGCUGGCUCAGAUUUUGUCAUGGAUCUGCUGGCUGGAGCUGAAGCUGAAGUGCUCCCACCAGAAGGGACUCCCUCCUCUACUCACUCCGAUUACCUAUUCAGCAACCAGGGAGAUAGGAUAUUAACAACCGAUCUAGAUGACUUUAUACCACCAGCACCACCCGUACAAGCUCCUGGUCUACCUCCUUUUGAAGGAAACCAGUGGAGAAGAGAUUAUCCACAGGAAGGGCGCAGUCGACAGAUGGAGGCCUAUGUUGAUGACAUAUUUGAACCUGUACUGGACAAUGGACCUCCAGACAUGGAAAGAGUAGCUAUUCUGAACCGCAGGAUGAGAGGGGGAGGGGGGAUUGGACCAAUGCACUCUGGCAUGUAUGGAGCAGGUAUGCCUAUGACAAUGCCAAGCUAUCCUUUAGGAGCACCAGUCAACCCUGCAAUGCCCAGUUAUGGUACAAAUCCCAUGAUGCCAGCCAUGCCAGCCAUGCAAGCCAUGCCAGCCAUGAUGAUGCCUCAGGCUCCCAUGCCUGCUCCUGCUGCUGACCCCAUGCAGAUGGCAGCAGCAACGCAACAGGCUCUAAUCAACCAGCAAGCCCUUCUCAUGGCCCAGCAGAUGACCAUGCAGGCAAUGACUCUGUCCCAGCAGCAGGCACAGGAGCAGCAGAAGAAGGAGCAGGAGAGACUGAAAAGGGAGGAACAAAGGCAGAGGGAACAGGAAAGAAGGCAGGAGGAUGAGAGGGAACGGAGGCGUAGGUCAGAACGGCGUUCUAAGGAUCGUUCAAGUUCACCUCCCCCUCAGUCUCGCUCAUCCCCACCUGUCCAGUCCAAAGCAUCUGCACCUAAAAUCACCCAAAACUACAGUCAGCCUGAGACAGAGCCAGAAACAGAUGUAAACUUAGAUCCAGAUGAGCUACACUCUGUUAAAGAUAAGAGGGACUUCUUCCAGAAAAUUGCCACUCAGCCCAACCCUAAAGACCCUAAAACCCUAAAGACACAUCAAGCUCCCCCAAGCCCAACCAGACAGCAACAGCACUCACCUCCAUUAACUCCUCCAUUGCCCCCACCUGUAGCACCUAAGCCGGAAGUGAAACGUCCACAAAGCCCAACUGCAAGGGAAGUUGACCCCCCAAAAGAAAAACCAACCCCAACUCCCCUCACUAAGCCUCAACCUGAACCCACUUCCAGCAUUCGGGAAAUCAUCAAACAGUUCAACAGCCGACCCCAACCAGAACCCGAACCCUUUCAGCCCGUCAGACAUCCUGCAAAAUCAUUUGUAAGGAAGAGUAACCCCAAAGAGGAAGCUCUGGCUAAACUUAAAAACAAAGCACCAGUGGCACAACAGAAGAAACAGUGGGUGCCUCCUCCACCCCCUUCUCCAAAGACCCGUUCACCACCGCAAUCUCCACCAUCAACAAGGGGUCGCAGAGUCAUCUCCAACAGCAUGAGACAGAAACAGCGCUCUCUGGAGGAUCUGUUCAGCUCCCAGCAGCCCCAGCACCCUCCUCCUUCUCCCCCUGACUCCCCACCACCUUCCCCAGGCUUUCAGGACAUCCCUGAGCCACCAUCAAUGGCUGCUCCAUCAAUAAAUGAUGAUAUGCCAGAGGAUGAAGGCAUUCAGUCCAAACUCCACCGCUUCUCUGCUGGGGUUUACUUCUCUUAUUACAACAUGCCAGGAAAACUGUUCCUGCGAAAAGAAGUUUUUUACCCCAGAGAGAUGUUUAACCAGCCCUAUAUUCUUAAUCUGUUGUGUGAACAGAUAAUCAAGGACACUUACUCUGACAGCUGCGAGAAGAUCAGCAGAGAGGAGAGAAGGAAGAUGAAAGAUCUGCUGGCAAAUUUCAACAUAGGAACAACUAUAAACACCAUCCAGGACAACAACAUGAAGAAGAGGAUUGUCAUUGCAGCUCGAGACAACUGGGAAAACUACUUUACUCGUCUGUUCCCUGUGAAGCCAGACAGUGGGGAUGCCCAGGUGUUGGGUGUGUCUCAUCGCGGGAUUCGUCUCCUCAAGAUGGUGAGGGCAUUGGGGAUAAACCCCAAACAUCUCCGGCUACUCAAAGGUUACAGUUUUGCAGAGGUGCUGUCAGCUGACCUUCAGGGUGAAGACACAGUGGCACUGGAGCUGAAGAGUGAAAAACUGGUGUUGCAGUCACGCAGGGCUCCUCAGAUCAUUGCUAUGAUUCAGUUAUUCAUCCAGGAACUCAUCAAGGACUCAAACCAUGUAGUUGCCCUGAAAAGUUUUGUAACAGAUGACAAGAGUCUACUCAGCUUCAAUAAGGGUGAUAUAAUCAAACUCCUACCAAUGGAAGGGCUAGAGCCAGGCUGGCGUUUUGGCAACAAGGGAGGACGUUCUGGUCUUUUUCCAGAAAACCUCACCCAGCCAUCUGCAGCCCCAGACUACCACUGUUUCAAUCUAAACCACAGAGAUGAGAAGAGGAAAAGCAUGAGGAAGACUAGAUCUGUCAGCCCACCCAAAGUUCCAUCUCCAGCUCUCAUCAACAAACGCAUGGGCAGCCCUAAUUCAAAGCCUGGAAGAGAGGCUUCACCCCACUUGGUGCAUGGAUCUCUCCAGAGAUCACAACAGAGCUCAAUGCAGGGCUCAGUCUUCAACUUAGAGGUGAACUCACCGAUGGCUGACUUUGCCAUGAAGUACUUCAGACUGGGGACAACAGGUCUGCCAGCCAACGGAAGGAAUUUUUCACAAGUGACUGAAUACACAGAGACUCCCAUCCAGGAAUCUCUCAUUCUCUAUAAUGACCCUGAAAUCAAGGAGUUAUCUAUUCAGUGUUUCACAAACAUGAUGCAGUACAUGGGAGACAUGCCAAUGAGGAAGAACAGCAGCCAGCCAGAGUGUCUGAGGCAGAUUCUUCUGCUAGGGAAGGAAAAGGAGCUGCUAAGGGAUGAAAUAUUCUGCCAGGUUAUCAAGCAAACCACCAACAACCCAAAAAAAUCCAGCUGUUCCUUAGGGUGGCAACUGCUCAGCGUGGUGGCUGGCUUUUUCCCUUGCUCUACUACACUGCAGCCUUAUAUCACACGCUACCUCGAUGACAUCUCUCAGGAUUAUGAGCACCCAUACCAUGAAUUGGCAUCUUUGAGUCAUGAUAACCUCCAGCGCUCUCUUCGUUUUGGUGGUCGCCGCAAUAUCCCCUCAUAUCCCGAGAUAGAAGCAAUACUGGCUGGCCAAACUUCUAUCUAUAUUCCUAUCCACCUGCCAGGAGGAGUGGAAUUUCCCAUACAAAUAAAAAACUUCAGUGUCACUGAAGAUGUGGUAAUGGAGCUGUGUAAAGAAAUGGGCAUCAACCAACUCAAUGAAAUCAAAGAGUUCUCCAUCCUUGUCAUUAGACAACAAGAUGGGAUGGUGCGUCCCCUCCAUUUUGAGGAGUACCUGUUUGACUUUCUGGUGGAGGACAACUCAAGCUCCUUGUUCCUGAGAAGAGUGAUGUGGAGAAUACCACUUUCUUUCAUCAAUGACCUUUAUGUGGAUUUCCACUACCAACAGCUUCUUGCAGACUACCUGAACGGGCAACUGAUGCUUCCUCCUGUCACAGGAGGGUCAUCAACAAUCCAGCAGAUAGCAAUGCUGUCAGCCCUGCAGCAUCUGGCUCUGGGCCUGCAGGACCAGCCCUCACUGUCAGAAAUAAAGGGGUACCUGCCUCCACAGACUGGGCUCCGUAAUAAAGUGGAGGAGAUCCUCACUUUCUGUCAGGGUCGGAUUGCUGCCAUGCAGUCCCUUAGCCCUCAACAUGCCAAAGUACAAUUCAUUGAGAUUCUGAGUUCUCUUCCCCUGUUUGGAUCCAACACUUUCCAGGCUGAGAAGGUGAGCCAGCGUGGUUGUCCUUCUCCGUGUGUGGUCUGCAUCAACCAGGAAGGAUUGCUGUUCCUCCACUCUAAAACACAGGAGAUAGUGUUUCGGAUUCCUCUGACUGAUGUUCAGUUCAUGCGCACCAUUCACCCCAAUAAAAAAGGCAAGGUGCCAGCUGUGGACAUCGACUAUGGCAAUCCAGCUGCUCCCAAAAAAAUCACCAUUCAUCUCAAACAGGCUAAACAGUUGUGCCACACCCUUGCUCUAAUAAUGGAAGAGCUGAUUCGACCGGUAAUCUCCAGUUCCAUUUCAAAGUAGAUUCAGUAGAUACAGAUGAAAAGACAGGUUUUGUUCUUUUUAUUGUUAUUGUUGUUUUAUUAUUGCUAUUGUUGAAACAAACUGAAUAGAAACAUGCAGAAAUGAUCCUGAUAUGUGUCCUGUGUCAUAUGAAUGCAAACCUGCAACACAUAACACUCAUUAAGGAGCAUAAUAAAGUAUCAGAAUAAACUUAAGCCUUAAAUUUGAUCAUAAUCUGAACUAUAAACUGUUGUUGGAAUGCAAAGUUGAUUAAUUAUUGGAAUGAAUGCUGAUGUCAUUUAAGUAAAUUAGCAUCAUUAAAGAUUUACUUUACCUGCUUAA